AUGCAAGAAUCAGGAGAAAUUCCCGUGUCACUACGUUCAUAUGAAAAUGAAAGUUGUUUUUGUGGUAAUAGUCCAACAUGUUCAUCACCAGCAGCUAUCGAUGAAUGGAUUGUUGCCGACUUUCGAGGGGGAUGUUAUCCAAUCGAAUCUCUUCUUCAGUCCACACUUGAAUGUCUCUAUAAUAUCACAUGUAUCAACAAGAUCAAACGAAAUGAUUCUACAUCCGACAUGAUCUUUCGUGCUCUCGAUUCUACUCUAUCAUCUCCGAGUGUCACCGUUCAGUCUCUAGUGAAUGCUCUUAUGACUGAUCAAUGGGAAACAAAUAUCACCUAUGAGGAUUACUAUAAAACGUGUGCUCCUCUAUCUUGUACUUAUUCACUCAUCAUGCGAUUCGAUAGCAUAUAUGUGUUUACAACUAUUAUGGAUCUUUCAGGUGGACUGACUGUUGUACUUAAGCUGUUUGUUCCACUCGUUGUCAAAACUGGGUGA